CGCGUUUCGCUCUGCUCGCAGAAUCUUUCCACGCGACCUGGAGCUCCUUUGACCUAUUUCGCACCUCCGGAUACUCUGCGGCGGCGGCGGCGGCUGGCUGCUCCUCCUCCUCCUCUGCGUGAUGCUAUGGCGUGUCUUGAAGGCGCCAUGGCUUCUCGGAGACGAGAUCCUGCCUCGAUGCUCGUCCCUUGACGUUCUGCGAGCCCGAAAUAGAAUUGCAUUUCCUACCCGUUGCGUGCGGUGUCUGCAUGGCCCAAGCGCAGGAGCUACAGAGACCUCACCGGCGCUUAUCCGCCAUGCCAGACUCUCGAGCGAUGCCGACUACGUCGACGGACAGCGCGCCGACGAAUCCAUCAAGAUCGCAGGCCUGGUGCGCAGCAUCAGAAAGCAGAAAAACGUCGCCUUUGCCCGAAUCGGCGAUGGCUCGACGCUCGCCAACGUCCAAGCAGUGUUCCCGGACCCGCUCCUGGCGAAAGAGUACGUGGAUUUGCAUUCAAAGAGCAUCGACCGGUUCUGACACCAAACUUCCAGCGUGACGAACGGCGCCUACGUGGCCUUGGUGGGCAAGUGGAUUCGUUCCAAAGGCGCAGGACAAAGUCACGAACUGCAAGUCGAGAAGAUUGAGACACUCGGUGACGGCAACACCUCUGAGAACCCCAUUCAGAAGCAGUCCAUGUCGACUGAUUUUCUCCGAACCGUUCCUCACCUUCGAAUGCGCACAGCCUUCCACUCCCUGGUCAACCGGACUCGCAGCCAGUUGAUCUCCGCAAUCACGUCGCAUUUCUCCAACCGACCAGACCCCGUCUAUCAAGUGCUUCCGCCACUCAUCACCUCUUCCGACUGCGAAGGCGCCGGAGAGGCAUUCACGAUAGCCCCGCAAAGCCACGAGCAGCUUCCGGAGACAACACCCAGCACGUCCAAGGGACAAGAGAAGCUCUACUUCCGAGAACCGAAAUACCUCACCGUGUCGUCACAGCUACAUCUGGAGGCACAUGCCGCUGAGCAAGGGGAUGUUUUUGCAUUUUCUCCCACUUUCCGUGCCGAAGAAAGCGAUACCCCGCGGCAUCUUUCCGAGUUCUACAUGCUAGAGGUCGAGCAUCGACAUGUUUCUUUUGAGGAGUUGCUGUCCCGCGUACAAAGUCUGGUGGCGUAUCUCGCGCAAUCACUUCAAGAGCACCGCACGGGUAAAGAACUGCUGGAGUACUACUCCGACCAGAAACACCGACCCACGGAUGCAGACUUUGUGGAUCUGCAAGCUCGCUGGGAUAGACUUACUGGGAGGUGGCACGAGGUGGACUACGCGUCAGCCAUGGACGCGCUGGUAAAGGCUCACGAAUCGAGCGAUGGCAAGCUUUUUGUGUACCGUCCUCAGUGGAAGCAAGGAUUGCAAUUGGAGCACGAACGGUGGAUCGUGGACAAUCUUGCAGAAGGCAAGCCAGUCUUUGUGACGCAUUAUCCGAAAGAUGUCAAACCGUUCUACAUGCUCCCUUCAUCAGCAAUGACUCCACAGCAAGACGUCGCUCAAUCGGAGGCCAGCGGAGACACUGUGGCCUGCUUCGACCUCCUUCUCCCCUUCGGCUACUGCGAAGUUGUGGGAGGAAGCCUCAGAGAACACCGGCUGGAGCAUCUCAUUCGGUCUAUGCGCCAAAAGGGGUUAAUCAAGAGAGCCGAGAUGUCGAAUGGAGACAACGGCAAUGGCUACCCGUUUCUGGACAAGGGAGAGAGCUUAGGGAACAUGAGGUGGUACGCCGACCUUCGCCGAUUCGGCAGCAGUCCCCAUGGAGGCUACGGCAUGGGAUUCGACCGCCUGCUGGCGUACAUGACAGGGGUCAACAACUUGAGGGAGGUCGUUCCAUUUCCGAGAACAUGGGGGAGGGCGGAUUGCUGAGGUGCGCUUGAGACCGGUAGCGAUAGCGAUAGAGAUGACUACAUACGGGUAAAUGUAUACUAGUUACAAGUCACAUGGGAAAGAAGAGAAGCAAAUAAUAGAUUUCAGCACUACUCCGUUUUGCAGGACAGACCCACAUCUAUGCAAACGAGUAGGUAGGGCUAUUGUACCCCCGAACAAAAAAGUGAUCUCAAGAAAGAGCACAACA